GGGCAGCCUGCCAAAAGCAAACUCGGGCUGGCUUUGCGUAUGCUCCCGGGGGUGUGCGUGUGUCGCACCGAUCCUGCGGGACGGCAGGGGUUGGUACCGAUGAGGAUUGCGCUUCCUGAGCCCUCCUGCACCAGCAGAGCCGGGUCCUGGCUUUGGAGGGCUGAGGCCUUCACUGUGAUGCAUCACUGUAAGAGAUACCGAUCUCCCGAGCAAGAGGCCUACAUGAAUCACAAAUGGAAGAGGAAGAGGUCUCGCAGCAGAGAAUACGAAGGCAGAUUGAGAUACCCACCUCGCAGGGAUCUUUCAAGGAGAUCACGAUCUCGAAGCCAGGACAGGAUGCCUUACCACAGGAGGUACCGAGAGAGACGGGACAGCGACAACUACCGGUUUGAAGAGCGAAGUCCUUCUUUUGGAGAGGAUUAUUAUGCUACUCAUUCACGACACUGGCGGAGAUCGAGGGGCAGAGAACACCAGCGAGCAAAAAAGCACCAGCAUCACUGUCGGAAACGCAGGACCAGGUCUUGUAGCAGUGCAUCCUCGAGAAGCCAACAGAGCAGUAAACGCAGCAGGAGCGUGGAAGAUGACAAGGAAGGUCACCUGGUGUGCAGGAUCGGCGAUUGGCUCCAAGAGCGAUAUGAGAUUGUCGGCAGCCUCGGUGAAGGCACUUUUGGCAAAGUUGUGGAGUGUGUGGACCAUGCCAGAGGCAAAUCUCAGGUCGCUCUGAAAAUUAUUAAAAAUGUGGGGAAGUACCGAGAAGCAGCCAGACUGGAAAUCAACGUCCUGAAGAAAAUCAGAGAGAGAGACAAGGACAACAAAUUUUUGUGUGUCCUGAUGUCAGACUGGUUCAAUUUCCACGGCCACAUGUGCAUCGCCUUUGAGCUUCUGGGCAAGAACACAUUUGAAUUCCUGAAGGACAAUAACUUUCAGCCAUACUCCCUCUCUCAGAUUCGGCACAUGGCAUACCAGCUCUGCCAUGCCUUGAGAUUUUUGCAUGACAACCAGCUGACUCAUACUGACCUCAAGCCUGAAAACAUCUUAUUUGUGAAUUCAGCUUUUGACACCUUGUACAAUGAAAAGAAGAGUUGCGAAGAGAAAUCGAUUAGGAACACAAGCAUCCGUGUUGCAGACUUUGGAAGCGCUACUUUUGAUCAUGAACAUCACACUACCAUUGUUGCUACUCGGCAUUACCGUCCCCCAGAGGUGAUUUUAGAGCUGGGCUGGGCACAACCAUGUGAUGUCUGGAGUACUGGCUGCAUUCUGUUUGAAUAUUACCGUGGCUUCACACUCUUUCAGACCCAUGAGAAUCGUGAACACCUUGUAAUGAUGGAAAAAAUCCUCGGGCCAAUUCCAUCUCACAUGAUCCACAAAACUCGGAAACAGAAGUACUUCCAUAAUGGGAACCUGGUGUGGGAUGAGAGCACAUCUGAUGGAAGAUAUGUCCAAGAGAACUGCAAACCACUGCGGACCUACAUGCUGCAUGACUCACUAGACCACCUGCAGUUCUUUGACCUGAUGAGAAGGAUGUUGGAAUUUGAUCCUUCCCAAAGGAUCAUGUUCUCUGAAGCACUGAUGCACCCAUUCUUUACUGGCCUGUCUCCAGAAGAAAGGAUGCUGUGUGGCCGGGACUCAAGCCGUGACCUGAGCAGAUGACAGAUGGGGGGAGGGUAGUGAUGCCUUCAGCAUUUGUACAUACUUGUGGAUCAGUUUGACCUCUGCAGUAAAGGCUCCAGUAGCUCUCCUGUAGCACAGAGGUACUGGUGCAAUGCAAGAUGGACCCUGGGCAUGGGAGGGGAAGAAAAAGCUACAUGGAAAGCACAGAUUUGUCUAUUUAUAUGUUGUAAAGUUAAAAUAAAAGUGUUUCUUAUUGUUUGAUAAUUUA